GUUGUUCAGAGCGCAGGUCUGGAAUAGGAAAAGGAGGGCCGUAUGCUGUAUAGUAUGGAUUGAUGGGCAAGUAGUCAAGAGAGAAAUGUUUUUCUGGUCAUUUUCUUGAUAGCAGUAUCCUAUUUUUACGCCAAUAUGAAUUCUCCACCAGAAGAAGAAGUUUCUAUUUGGAAUACUGUUCAAGAACUUGUUUCUUUAGAAAAGGAUAUCUAUCGAGUAAAAGUGAACCAAAGGGAUGCAAGGAAUAGUGAUAAAGAAGACUGGAGAAUGGAAUAUAGAGAACACUUGCGAUCGAAAGCAGCCAAGAGACAACAACUGUUGGAAUCACUGGAAAAGGGAUUGAAAAGCUGUGGUUUGGAUACUUUGCGACAGACAAGAGCAGGAACAACGGAUCGUUGCUUAUCUGGAAAAGAUAAUUUGAAAAGGAAUGACAAUACGUGGAAUCAACAAAUAGAGAAAACUCAAGAAGGUGAACCAAAGCAAGUGUUCGAGUCAUCGUUAAGAGAAAGAGACUCGGUGGCUUGCAAGUUGGAUUUUGAAACAGCUCAGGGUAGAGACAAGUUUCAAAAACCUUCCAAAUAUUCUACAGUGGAAGACAAUCACGUUAUGAGUGAGCAAGAGUUGCAAAGAGAGUAUAUUCAACUCAAGAGACAAUGUCAUACCCUUUUGGCUGAGAAUGAAACAUUGGAGCAAAACUGUCAUAGCUUGGAAAAUUUGAUAAAAACUCAAAGGAAACAUAUGGAAUAUUAUGAAGAAGAGUUGGAACAAAUGUCCAAAAAACUUUAUCCUUCUCCACUAGAAGAGAAAACCAACAUUCAAAGAGAGUCAAGAGAUGGCCAUGAGAAAGGGAUUGUAGAAAAUGCUUCGCGACAGUUUCAAGAAAUUUCAGAGUCGAUCCAACAACAAAUGCAACUGAAAUAUCGUCUACAAGAACAGAUUGACUCUUUAGAAGAGCACAAGGAAGAGUUGGAAAGGACAGUAAAUCAUUUACAGACUACAAAGGAAGAGUUGCAAGACAAUAUACGGAAAUUGGAAAGCCAUGUCCAAAAUUUGGAACAGAAAAAACAAAUUUCUUUGGAUACUCUUCAUUCCAUGUUUCAACAAAUACAAACUGAAGUUUCUAGAAGUAUACGAGGAAAACAUUAUGUCACUCAGUUAGCAACCGAUGUGGUUCAUACGAUAUCAUCCUAUGAUGGAGAUAAUGGUAUGGUUCAUCAACCAGAGGCAACUAUGAAUACGAAUGCUAUUACUAUCAAAGCAAUUUCCAAGUUACAAGAGAAAAUGUAUAGUUUACAAGAUGCUUUGUCGCAUUCACAAGAAGAAGCAAACCGCUACAAGAAAGCUUUGUAUGCUUUAAGAGAAGAACAUGAAAUGACUAUUCAAAGAUAUGGCAAAGAGUUUCAGAUACUCGUUCAAGAAUUACAUCGAGUAAGAGUAGGACAACGCAAACGGAACAAAGAUCAUGGAAAUAGAUCUUUUCUAUCUCAAUUACGUUAGAAUUCGUAUUUGAAUCUAUUCCUAAAAGAAAGAGUUGAAAUUCUAUCCGUUUUUACUGAAAAUAUUCGAUUUGGUUGCUUUUCCAUGGAAUGAAAUUACCAUUUCGUCUCGUGUUGUGGGACAUUUGAGAAUUGCAGCGGUACCCAAAACCCCUCUUGUCUUGGUCAGCUUUUGGUUGUACCUGAAGACUUGUAUUGUGUCCUUUUAUAUUAUUAAAGAAUCUACGGUUUUCCAACCUUUAGAUAACUACAAAACACCACAUAAAGGGUACUCAGAUUGCAAAGGGUCUUUUGGUUUUUGUCUUUCGAUGUGGUUGGUUGAGGUUCUGGCCUUUAGUCUUUAGUACUUUGUUUGCCUUGUAUAACCAAUCGACAUAUUUAAGUUCGAAUAUAUAGAUAUAUAUAUAUAUUGAGAGUACCUAUUCAUAAUUACUC